AUGUUUGCUGCUAGUUUAUUAUCCAGAUUCAUGCAAGAGCCAAGCCAAGUGCAUUUUGGAGCUGCAAAGCGUGUUCUACACUACUUGCAAGGAACAAUGAAUUAUGGGAUAAUGUACAAAUUUGGUGAAAAUUUGAACUUAAUUGGUUAUUCUGAUAGUGGUUGGGAUGGAAGUAUAGAUGACACGAAGAGUACUUCUGGUUAUGCUUUCUUAUUUGGAUCAAGUAUUUGUUCAUGGUUAUCAAAAAAGCAAAGUGUUGUUGCUCAAUCCACUGCCGAAGCAGAAUAUGUCUCAGCAGCUAAGGCUACUUCUCAAGCUAUUUGGCUUAGGAGAAUAUUUGAAGACACUGGUGAAAAACAAAAAAAGAGGAACUAUUUUGUAUUGCGAUAA